CUAGUCAUGGAUCACAGAUUUACCAAAUUUCUUAAAACAUUCCAUGGAUUUUUUUAGGCUCAAGAUUACACCUGUAUAAUUUAUGUUUUCCAGAACUGUCCAACCACCUGACUAUCUGCUGGUAACAGUUGCUAUUUUAUCACCGUGUCCCCCCUUCCUGAACUGUAACCAUGAGUUCAGACGCAGAGAUGGCCGUUUUUGGGGUUGCAGCCCCAUUUCUCAGAAAAACAGAGAAAGAAAGAAUAACGGAUCAAAACAAACCCUUUGAUGCCAAAACAUCAGUGUUUGUGGACGAUGUCAAAGAGUCUUAUGUAAAAGGUGUCUUGCAAAGCAAAGAAGGUGGAAAAGCAACAGUCAAAACCGAAGCUGGACAGACUGUAACUGUGAAGGAUGACCACAUUUUCCCAAUGAAUCCACCCAAGUAUGAUAAAAUCGAAGACAUGGCUAUGAUGACUCACUUGAAUGAGCCGGCUGUCCUGUAUAACCUCAAAGAGCGUUAUGCAGCCUGGAUGAUCUACACUUAUUCGGGCCUUUUCUGUGUCACUGUGAACCCUUACAAAUGGCUUCCAGUGUACAACCCUGAGGUGGUCGAUGCAUACAGAGGGAAGAAGCGUCAGGAGGCUCCACCCCACAUAUUCUCCAUCUCUGACAACGCCUAUCAGUUCAUGCUGACUGAUCGUGAAAACCAGUCUAUCUUGAUCACUGGAGAAUCUGGUGCAGGGAAGACUGUGAACACAAAACGCGUCAUCCAGUAUUUUGCAACAAUUGCAGCUACUGGUGAAAAGAAAAAAGAGGAAGCAGCAAAACACAAGGGAACCUUGGAGGAUCAAAUCAUCCAAGCUAACCCCCUUUUGGAGGCUUUUGGGAAUGCUAAAACUGUGAGGAAUGACAACUCUUCUCGCUUUGGAAAAUUCAUCAGAAUCCAUUUUGGGACGUCAGGAAAGCUGUCAUCUGCUGACAUUGAAACAUACCUGCUGGAGAAAUCCAGAGUUACUUUUCAACUAAAGGCUGAGAGGAGCUACCAUAUUUUUUACCAGAUUACGUCCAACAAGAAACCAGAGCUGAUUGAAAUGCUCCUUAUUACGACCAACCCCUAUGACUAUCCAUUUGUUAGCCAGGGUGAGAUUACAGUGGCCAGCAUUGAUGACUCAGAUGAACUUCUGGCUACUGACAGUGCUAUUGACAUCCUAGGAUUCACUCAGGAUGAGAAAAAUACCAUCUACAAACUGACUGGUGCCGUCAUGCAUUAUGGCAACAUGAAAUUCAAGCAGAAGCCGCGUGAAGAGCAGGCUGAACCAGACGGCACAGAAGUUGCAGAUAAGGCAGCCUACCUGAUGAAUCUCAACUCCUCAGAUCUGCUUAAAGCUCUCUGCUACCCCAGAGUAAAAGUGGGCAAUGAAUAUGUCACAAAAGGGCAAACUGUACAGCAGGUGCAUAACUCCGUUGGUGCACUGGCAAAAGCAGUUUAUGAGAAAAUGUUCUCUUGGAUGGUAACACGUAUCAAUGAACAACUGUACACAAAGCAACAAAGGCAAUUCUUUAUUGGUGUCCUGGAUAUUGCAGGAUUUGAGAUUUUUGAUUACAACAGCUUAGAGCAGCUCUGCAUCAACUUCACCAAUGAGAAACUGCAACAGUUUUUCAACCAUCACAUGUUUGUCCUGGAACAAGAGGAAUACAAGAAGGAAGGUAUCGAGUGGGAGUUCAUUGACUUUGGAAUGGACUUGGCUGCCUGCAUUGAGCUGAUUGAGAAGCCAAUGGGCAUCUUCUCCAUACUUGAAGAGGAGUGCAUGUUCCCCAAGGCAACAGACGUUUCCUUUAAGAACAAGCUGUACGACCAGCACCUCGGCAAGUCCAACAACUUCCAGAAACCAAAACCUGUCAAAGGCAAAGCUGAAGCCCACUUCUCCCUUGUCCACUACGCUGGAACUGUGGACUACAACAUCAGUGGCUGGCUUGACAAGAACAAGGACCCACUGAAUGAAACUGUCAUUGGGCUCUACCAGAAGUCUUCAAUGAAGACAUUGGCAAAUUUGUUCUCCAGCUAUUCUGCCACUGAUGCAGAAUCUGGAAGCAAGAAGGGAGCAAAAAAGAAGGGUUCUUCUUUCCAGACUGUAUCUGCUCUCUUUAGGGAGAACCUUAACAAGUUGAUGAGCAACCUUAGAACAACUCAUCCUCAUUUUGUGCGUUGUCUUAUUCCUAAUGAGACAAAGACGCCAGGGUCUAUGGAGCAUGCUCUUGUACUGCAUCAGCUGAGGUGUAAUGGGGUGCUGGAAGGGAUCAGAAUUUGCAGAAAGGGAUUCCCAAGCAGGAUCCUUUAUGGUGACUUCAAACAAAGAUACAAAAUCCUAAAUGCAAGUGCAAUCCCAGAAGGACAUUUUAUUGAUAGCAAGAAAGCUUCUGAAAAGCUUCUUGGUUCCAUUGAUGUGGACCACACACAAUAUAGAUUUGGCCAUACUAAGGUAUUCUUCAAAGCUGGACUUCUGGGGACCUUAGAAGAGAUGCGAGAUGAACGCUUAGCGCAAGUCAUAACACGAACCCAAGCUCGGUGCAGAGGAUACCUUUCGAGAUUAGAAUACAAAAAGAUGAUUGACAGGAGAGAGGCCUUGUUCACUAUUCAGUAUAACAUUCGCGCAUUCAUGAACGUUAAACAUUGGCCAUGGAUGAAGCUGUUCUUCAAAAUCAAGCCUUUGUUGAAGAGCGCAGAGUCUGAGAAGGAGAUAGCAAACAUGAAAGAAGAAUUUGGGAAGACUAAAGAAAGUUUAGCCAAAUCAGAAGCAAGGAGAAAGGAACUGGAGGAGAAAAUGAACAAAAUUCUUCAAGAGAAAAAUGAUCUACAACUCCAAGUCCAGUCUGAAUCUGAAAAUCUAAUUGAUGCUGAGGAGAGAUGUGAUCAGUUAAUUAAAACAAAAAUCCAAUUGGAGACCAAAAUCAAAGAGCUUAAUGAAAGGCUAGAAGAUGAAGAGGAAUCAAAUGCUGAACUAACAGCCAAAAAGAGGAAACUUGAAGAUGAGUGCUCAGAAUUAAAGAAAGAUAUUGAUGACCUUGAGUUGACAUUGGCCAAAGUUGAGAAAGAGAAACAUGCCACGGAGAACAAAGUAAAGAACCUUACAGAAGAAAUGGCAAUGCUGGAUGAGAACAUUGUCAAGCUAACAAAGGAAAAGAAAGCCCUUCAGGAAGCACACCAACAAGCACUUGAUGAUCUUCAGGCAGAGGAGGAUAAAGUUAAUUCUUUGACCAAAGCCAAGAGCAAACUUGAACAGCAGGUUGAUGAUCUUGAGGGUUCUCUGGAACAAGAAAAAAAGCUCAGAAUGGACCUUGAAAGAGCAAAGAGAAAACUGGAGGGUGAUCUAAAAUUGGCUCAAGAAACCACUAUGGAUUUGGAAAAUGAUAGACAGCAACUGGAUGAGAGACUUAAAAAGAAAGAUUUUGAAAUAAGCCAGUUAAUGAGCAAAAUUGAAGAUGAACAAAUUCUUGAAUCCCAGCUACAGAAAAAAAUUAAGGAGUUACAGGCUCGUAUUGAGGAACUUGAAGAAGAAAUUGAAGCUGAGCGUGCAGCCCGUGCAAGGGCAGAGAAGCAGCGUGCUGACCUCUCUAGAGAACUAGAGGAGAUCAGUGAGCGUCUGGAAGAAGCAGGUGGGGCAACUUCUGUUCAGAUUGAGAUGAACAAGAAACGUGAAGCAGAAUUCCAGAAGAUGCGCCGUGACCUUGAUGAAGCUACACUACAACAUGAAGCUAUAUCUGCUGCUCUCCGAAAGAAGCAUGCUGACAGUGCUGCAGAACUUUCAGAACAAAUUGAUAACCUUCAACGUGUCAAGCAAAAGCUGGAGAAAGAAAAAAGUGAACUUAAAAUGGAGAUUGAUGACCUGGCCAGUAACAUGGAAUAUGUUACCAAGGCUAAGGCAAAUUUUGAAAAGAUUUGUCGUACCUUGGAAGACCAACUGAGUGAAGUUAAGACCAAAGAAGAAGAACAUCAAAGAAAUAUUAAUGAUAUCACAGCCCAAAGAGCUCGACUUCAAACAGAAAAUGGUGAAUAUGCCAGGCAAUUAGAUGAAAAAGAUGCACUAAUUUCUCAGCUCUCAAGAGGAAAACAAGCUUUUACUCAGCAAAUUGAAGAACUGAAGAGACUUCUAGAAGAGGAAACUAAAGCUAAAAAUGCCCUUGCUCAUUCAUUGCAAUCUUCUCGCCAUGACUGUGACCUUCUCCGGGAGCAAUAUGAAGAGGAACAAGAGGCCAAGUCUGAGUUACAGCGCUCUCUGUCCAAGGCUAAUGGUGAAGUCGCCCAGUGGAGAACUAAAUAUGAAACAGAUGCCAUACAGCGCACAGAGGAACUUGAAGAAGCCAAGAAAAAGCUUGCCCAGCGUUUGCAGGACGCAGAAGAACACAUUGAAGCUGUGAAUUCCAAAUGUGCCUCACUUGAAAAAACCAAACAGAGACUACAAAAUGAAGUGGAAGAUCUUAUGAUAGAUGUGGAAAGAUCUAACAGUGCAUGCGCUGCUCUAGAUAAGAAGCAGAAGAAUUUUGAUAAGAUACUGGCAGAAUGGAAGCAGAAGUUUGAAGAAUCCCAGGCUGAACUUGAAGCUUCAUUGAAAGAAUCUCGAUCUCUCAGCACUGAAUUAUUCAAGAUGAAGAACGCCUAUGAAGAAUCUAUGGAUCACCUUGAAAACAUUAAACGCGAGAACAAGAACUUACAGCAGGAGAUUUCUGACCUCAGUGAACAAGUAUCUGAAAGUACAAAGACUCUGCAUGAGGUAGAGAAGGCCAAAAAACUAAUCGAGCAUGAAAAAACAGAAAUUCAAACAGCUCUUGAAGAAGCUGAGGCCUCUCUUGAACACGAGGAAGGCAAAAUUAUGAGAAUCCAAUUAGAGCUUAAUCAAGUAAAAUCUGAAGUUGACAGAAAAAUUGCAGAGAAGGAUGAAGAAAUAGAUCAGUUGAAGAGGAACCAUAUCAGGGUUGUGGAGUUUAUGCAGAGCUCACUAGAUGCUGAAAUUAGAAGCAGGAAUGAUGCUUUGAGAGUCAAGAAGAAGAUGGAAGGCGAUCUAAAUGAAAUGGAAAUACAACUAAGUCAUGCUAAUCGUCAAGCUGCAGAGUAUCAGAAACAGCUGAGGAAUGUCCAAGGAAUACUUAAGGAUGUACAGAUUCACCUAGAUGAUUCACUAAGAAGUCAAGAAGAUCUAAAAGAACAGUUAGCUAUGGUUGAACGUAGAGCCAAUCUAAUGCAGUCUGAGAUAGAAGAAUUGAGGGCAGCACUUGAGCAGACAGACAGGAGCAGAAAGGUUGCAGAACAGGAACUUCUGGAUGCAAGUGAGCGCGUCCAGCUUCUGCACUCACAGAACACAAGCUUGAUCAACACCAAAAAGAAGAUGGAGAAUGAUAUAGUUCAGCUACAGACUGAAGUAGAAGAAGCCAUACAGGAAGCUCGUAAUGCUGAAGAAAAGGCUAAAAAAGCCAUUACUGAUGCAGCCAUGAUGGCUGAGGAACUGAAGAAAGAGCAAGACACAAGUGCUCACUUGGAAAGAAUGAAGAAGAACCUUGAUCAGACAGUAAAAGAUCUACAACUCCGUCUUGAUGAGGCUGAACAACUUGCAUUGAAGGGGGGCAAGAAGCAGCUUCAAAAACUUGAAGCCAGGGUGAGAGAACUUGAAAAUGAAGUUGAGGCUGAGCAAAAACGCAGCUCAGAAGCCAUCAAGGGUCUACGUAAAUAUGAAAGGAAAGUAAAAGAACUAACGUAUCAGUCUGAAGAAGAUAAAAAGAAUGUAAUAAGACUUCAGGAUCUGGUUGAUAAACUCCAACUGAAGGUGAAAGCAUACAAGAGACAGACAGAGGAAAUUGAGGAGCAAUCUAAUAUCAACCUAAGCAAGUGCCGCAAGGUGCAACAUGAGCUGGAAGAAGCCGAGGAACGUGCAGACAUUGCAGAGUCCCAGGUCAACAAACUAAGGGCUAAAACUCGAGAAGUCACCAAAAUUUCAAAAAAUGAAGAGUAAAGGAGCAUAUGGACCUCAAGGUGAACGAAGAAACUCACAAAAUGUGAACAUCUUUAUCACUUUGUUGUCUUUCUAAUGUCUUAACUUUAUUGUAAUAAAGAAUGUAGAUCUUUGCAAGAA